AUGACAAAUCCAAUUGCACCAAGCACCAAGCACCAAUGCACAAAUCACUCAAUGCACACCAAUCACCAAGCACAUGCACCAAUCACACAAUCACCAAUGCACCAUCCCAAUCACAAUCACAAGCACCAUCACCAAAUCACCAAUCACCAAUCACCAAUCACCAAUCACCAAUCACAAUCACAAUCACCAAUCACAAUGAGCACCAAGCACAUCACAAUCCACUCAAUCACAAACACAAUCACACAAUCACCAAUCACCAAUCCAACCAAUCACAAUCACAAUCACCAAAUCAGCAAUCACCAAUCAUCAAAUCCAAUGCACCAAUCACCAAGCACUAGCACCAAUCACCAAUCACCAAUCACCAAUCACCAAUCACUCAAUCACCACACCAAUCACCAAAUCACCAAGCACAAAUCACCAAGUCACCAAUCUCCAAUGCACCAAUCACCAAGCACCAACCACCAUCACAAUGCACAAAUCACCAAUCACCAAGCACCAAUCACCAAUCACCAAUCACCAAUCAACCAAUCACCAAUCACCAAUCACCAAGCACCAAUCACCAAGCACAAAUGCACCAAUCACCAAGCACCAAGCACCAAUCACCAAUGCACCAAUGCACCAAUCACCAAGCACCAAAGUCACCAAGCACCAAUCACCAAGCACCAAUCACCAAUCACCAAUCACCAAUGCACCAAUCACCAAGUCACCAAUCACCAAUCACCAAUCACCAAUCACCAAUCACCAAUCACCAAUCACCAAUCACCAAGCACCAAUCACCAAUCACCAAGCACAAUCACCAAUCACCAAUCACCAAUCACCAAUCACCAAUCACCAAGUCACCAAUCACCAAUCACCAAUCACCAAUCACCAAUCACCAAUCACCAAUCACCAAUCACCAAGUCACCAAUCACCAAGCACCAAUCACCAAUCACCAAUCACCAAUCACCAAGCACCAAUCACCAAGUCACCAAUCACCAAUCACCAAUCACCAAUCACCAAUCACCAAUCACCAAGUCACCAAUGCACCAAUCACCAAUCACCAAGUCACCAAUCACCAAUCACCAUCACAAUCACCAAUGCACCAAUCACCAAUCACCAAUCACCAAGCACCAAUCACCAAUCACCAAUCACCAAUCACCAAUCACCAAUCACAAAUCACCAAUCACCAUCACCAAACACCAAACACCAAGCACCAAGCACCAAGCACCAAGCACCAAGCACCAAGCACCAAGCACCAAGCACCAAUCACCAAUCACCAAUCACCAAAUGCACCAAGCACCAAUGCACCAAUCACCAAGCACCAAGCACCAAUCACCAAUCACAAAUGCCCAAUCACCAAGCACCAAUCACCAAUCACCAAGCACCAAUCACCAAUCACCAAUCACCAAGCACCAAGCACCAAUGCACCCAAUCACCAAUCACCAAUCACCAAUUCACCAAGCACCAAGCACCAAUCACCAAUCACCAUCAGCACCAAGCUCAAGACCAAUCACCAGCACCAAUCCACCAAGUCACCAAGCACCAACCAUGCACCAAGCACCAAUCAACCAAGCACCAUAG